ACACGUAAUAGAUAGGGGUUUUAUGUGGUUUUCCCUUAUUCCCCCGUUUCCUCCUCCGGCCUUCUUGUCUCCUUCUAUUUUCCGCAGCUUUAAUACAAUGAGAUGCGACGAACGAUUGAACGAGUCCUCCCCGCGAAACACGGCGGCCGGAUCUCACAUUCCUCGAUCCCACAUUCUCACGUCUUUUGCGCUCCACAACUCGACACAGAAGAAGGAAAAUCGUGCAAUUAUUUGAGAAUAAUGAUCUUCUUCUCGGAAAAAGCUUUAGCAGAUCAGAAAAUGCGGUAACUUCGCUCAUUUUACCACCACCGUCUGACCACCGCCGCCGACGCCGACGCCUCCACCCAUCCAGAACGAAGAACAUAUACCCAACUCCGACAAAGAGAAAAACAGACAAACAAACCCCAUAAUUGAUAACGAAAAGGAAGAGAAAACAAGAAAAAAAGUUUGUUGCUUUGGGUAAUCCAGCCAAGAUCUCAUCUGGGUUGUGUUUCGUCAGGUGUUUUAGGGUUCGGGGUGUACCAUUCUUCAAUCAAUUGGAUCGAUUUAAAGAACAAAACGAAAAAAAACUCACGAAUUUGAAGUUUUGUUUGAAGAGAUAAGUUAGCAAGAGAGGAUGAAUAUAUUGUGGAAAGACCCAGGGCUUCCGACAGAUUCAUUCUAUGAGGUUCGAGCUGAAUGCACCGAUGUUCCUAAAACUAAAUUUAAAAUCAAGUCGGGGAAGACUCUUAGUGUAAGGAAAUGGCAAUCAUCAUUCAGUCCAGAAGGUCAUCUCGAUAUAGGCCAAACCCUUGGUCGAAUUUAUCGUGGUGGGAUACAUCCAACGAUUAGAGGAGAAGUAUGGGAAUUUUUACUCGGUUGUUUUGAUCCCAAGAGUACAUAUGAGGAGAGAAAAGAGAUACGCCUAACAAGAAGAGAAGAAUAUGGAAGACUAAAAGAACUAUGCACAUACAUGUUUCCACUUGUUGGAAGUGGCAAGUUUAUAACUGCUCCUGUGAUAACAGAAGAUGGAACCCCAACUCAAGAUCCAAUAGUGCUUCUAGAAGCAAACCCUGAGAAACUUAUGACACCAACAACUCAAGCAACAAUUAAUUCAGGCAAAGAAAUAUCUGUCCCAAAGGAAGAAGACAAUAAGAUAAUCCAAUGGAAACUUACCCUACAUCAAAUAGGUCUUGAUGUGGUUCGAACAGAUAGGACACUUGUGUUUUAUGAAAAGCAGGAGAAUUUGUCAAAAUUGUGGGAUGUUCUUUCGGUGUAUGCGUGGUUUGAUAAAGAAGUCGGUUAUGGUCAAGGAAUGAGUGAUCUUUGUUCUCCUAUGAUUAUGCUUCUUGAAGAUGAAGCAGAUGCAUUUUGGUGCUUUGAACGUUUAAUGCGUAGAUUGAGAGGGAAUUUCAAAUGCGUAGGGGCAUCUGUUGGGGUUGAGUCACAACUUUGCAAUUUAGCAAAUGUUAUUCAAGUUGUUGACCCUAAGCUUCAUCAACACUUGGGUACUUUCUUAACAACUUUUUUACAUUUUCUUUUUAUAAUAAUAAAAAUGCUAAAAAAAACUAAUAUUAACACAAAUGCAGAUCACCUAGGUGGUGGUGAUUAUUUAUUCGCAUUCAGAAUGCUUAUGGUGUUGUUCAGAAGAGAACUUUCUUUUGGUGAUUCUUUGUAUUUAUGGGAGAUGAUGUGGGCUUUGGAGUAUGAUCCUGAUCUUUACAAUUUAUAUGAAGAACCUGAUUCUGAUAGACCUGAAGAUGCUAAAGCAAAACCAAAAUCAUCACGACAAUGUGGCAAAUUUGAAAGGGAAAUUUUGAGAAGUGGGGCUAAAGAUGAAGAAACUCUCCCCAUUUCUGUGUUUCUUGUUGCAAGUGUCCUCAAGGAGAAAAGUGUCAAAUUGCUCACCGAAGCCAAGGGACUCGAUGAUGUUGUCAAGAUAUUGAAUGACACUUCUGGGAAUUUGGAUGCUAAAAAAUCUUGCUCGGGGGCUAUGAAACUUCAUAAAAAGUAUCUUAAAAAGGUGAAAUUGGAAAAGGCAGCUUCAUAACAGGAUGAUGAGUUUUGAGUGUUUGAUUUGUGUUAAUGAUGAAAGAUAGAGGUUGGAGACAAUUUUAGUUUGUAAUUUGUAAAGACUACUAAUGUAUGUUGUGUACAAUUACAGUCGAUUCUUAUUGAAGUAAUGUGUAUUAAACUACGUACUGUAUUCUGUAUAUGUGAAACCAUGAAGAUGAUUAAGUUAUAUAUUUUUUUAUGAAUAAAAGAAACUUCUGUUCGCUUUU